CGCUCCGGACAUUUAGAGUAGAAGAAGGGUUUGGAAAAGGCGAAAAUGGCGGUUCCGUUUGAAGAACAACAACUUGCUCAAAAGGUUUACGCUGCAUUAAAGGCAGCAUCAUGUCCCUUGAUAUUCGGGCUGCAUCUUCUAGAAGCCGACAGUAUGCAUACUUUAUUGUGCACACCCUCGCAACAUCGCACAGAAAUACUAGCCUGGAUCUGCAACUGCAUCAACCCAAACCCGAAGAACGUGAAGACUUCAGUUAUACAAUCCAAAGACCCAGAUUUUCAAACAAAAGAAAUGGCUAUGCUUGGGCGAGAGUUAAUGCUGUGCAAAGCAGAGGACUUUGAUCUUAUCCAGGGCCAUGUAAAGCCUUUGCGACAACUACACUUCCUGCAAGAGCUUCUAACCCUGGUCCCAGGUUGUUUCACAGAGAGUGAGGUGGACGAAGAGGGACUGCUGAAUGAACUCUAUGCUGAUGAGAACAGAGCCCUCCUCACACACAUGCUGAGACCCACUCUCAAUCCCUGGCCGGCACACAUCAAGUAUUUUUCCAACGACAAAACCUCAUCAGUUAGCCAAACAAGUCAGCAGGAGUCUGCUGAUGUGGCGGCUCUCCUGCGGGCAGCUGGGAGAGUCCUGAAAGACCUCCAGUCAGAGUGUGAAUUCUUACACAGUGAAUGUCAGAGUCCGGCAGUGUUUUCUCCGUGUGCCCUGCGCGUGGCAGUGAGCGACCUCUGUCAGCUGACGGCUGCCUUCCGCCGCGUCUACGAAACAGAUUUCAAAGACUACUGCAGGAAAAGCCCCCCGCUGAGCGCAGCAACGCUCGUCUUCCAAAGGGUGCACCGGCUACUGCUGUCCUGCAACACGGAGUUGAAAAUGCUAGAGGAGUUGUCGCAGGCCUCUGUGGCCUUGACGGAGAAGGCAUGCCAGCUGCAAACGCAGCCUUGUUACUGGAGCCACGGGGAGAAGUGUACAUUACCCGACCAGCUGGAGAAAAUCACCCGACAGUACAAAGACUUCCUUUCCCAGCCUUCUGCCCAGCAAGAGAAAUAACCUUUUGAACCUUUUUCCUUCAUGCAACAAUAUUGAACUUGUGUAUAUAAUUUGCAUUCCUUACAUUACGUUAUUCCUUGAUGGUCCAUACCUAUUUCCCAUAAACACGAGUCCCAUUAGUUUGUAUUUUAAUAUUGUUAUUAUAUAAGGCUACAUGUGUUUUAUAUACUGUCUUUAAAGAAAUUGGCCUACUAUAAGACAAGGUAAACCGUCAGUUAAUAAAUAAAAAGAAUGUUAAACCUACA